AUUAACGUGAGUUUAAAAAAAAAAAAAAAAGUGACAUUUUGCGUUGUGGAGCACCCCGAUUGAACACUGAAGAUUAAUUCGGUCAAAAUAUUUUUUCAAUUUGUUUCUUAUAUAUAUAUAUAUAUAUAUAUAUUUGUUUAAAUCUCCGCGAUGUGGACUUUUUUGGGACUGGCCAGCUUCACGUAUCUGUACAAAAAAUCCGGAGCGGCUUGGACAUUGGCUCAGAGGGAACUUUUAACAGCUCUCGUCUUAUUUCUGUCAGCGGGGCUGCUGCUGUCUUAUUUCCGAUAUUUCCACGGCCGCAAGCUCAGCUCGGCCGCUCAGGUGUUCCGCUCCGCUCUGAGCCUCUUGGCCCUCUUGCCUCUCAUCCACCAUCUCAUCCCUCAAAGUCCACCAAAGAGGAGUCGGAAUGCAGACAGCACGUGUCGAAAGAGGUUACGAAGAAGGAAACAAGCGGAUAGCGGAUCUUCCACCUCCACCUCACAAGGUGGCUGCUCCACGGGGCUCGGGGCAGAUGUCGAGCCAGAUGUGGCGAUAGUGGGGGCCGGCGUCCUGGGCUCGGCAAUGGCGGCCGUCCUGGCGCGGGAUGGUCGGAGGGUGACGGUGGUGGAGAGGGACCUGAAGGAGCCUGACAGGAUAGUGGGGGAGCUGCUGCAGCCUGGAGGCUACAGAGCGCUCAAAGAGCUGGGCCUGGAAGGCUCUGUGGAGGGUCUCGACGCCCAUCUGGUGAACGGUUACGUGAUCCAUGACAUGGAGAGCAGCUCAGAGGUGGAGAUCCCCUACCCUCAGGCCGAGGAGAACGUCCAAUGCGGACGUGCUUUCCAUCAUGGCCGAUUCAUCAUGGGUCUGCGCAGGGCUGCCCAAGCGGAGCCCAAUGCCACAUUUAUAGAAGGCAACGUCACCAGCUUGGAGGAGGAGGAUGGCUGUGUAACCGGAAUUCAAUACAAGGACAAACACACCGGGGACGUGAAGGAAGUGCACGCUGCCUUGACAGUGGUGGCUGACGGCUGUUUCUCCAAAUUCAGGAAGAGUCUGGUCUCCGGGAAAGCGCACGUUUCUUCUCACUUUGUUGGAUGCCUCAUGAAGGACUGCCCCCAGUUUAAAGCUAACCAUGCAGAAUUGGUGCUGGCCAACCCGAGCCCCGUGCUCAUCUAUCAGAUCUCCUCCAGCCACACCAGAGUGCUUGUGGACAUAAGAGGGGAGAUGCCACGUGACCUUCCGCAGUAUUUGGCAGAGAAAAUAUACCCUCAGCUGCCAGCGCAUUUAAAGGAACCUUUCAUGGAGGCGCUGCAGAACGAUCGUGUCAGGUCCAUGCCCGCCAGCUUCCUCCCUCCCUCUCCCGUCAACAAGUCAGGCGUGUUGCUCCUGGGUGACGCUUACAACAUGAGGCACCCUCUGACUGGAGGAGGGAUGAGCGUCGCGCUCAAUGACGUCCGCAUCUGGAGGAGCCUGUUGCGCGACAUUCCCGACCUGUGCGACGACACAGCCCUGCUGCGGGCAAAGAAAAGAUUUCACUGGGAGCGCAAGUCAUCACAUUCUUUUGUGGUGAACGUGUUGGCCCAGGCCCUGUACGAGCUGUUUGCAGCCACAGACGAGUCACUGCAUGAGCUGAGGAAAGCCUGCUUUCACUACUUCAGACUUGGAGGAGAGUGCAUCGCUGGACCAAUUGGACUCCUCUCAGUGUAUAAUAUUACACCAUAUUUUGUCACCCAAACCAAUGAUCCUCAUUGGACACUUCUUUGCUGUGGCCUUGUACGCCAUCUACUUCAACUUCAAGUCCGAGUCUUGGCGCACCAAACACAGAGCUUUAUUUAAAAGUGGAGCAAUCGUCUUCCGGGCCUGCACGGUCAUGUUUCCCCUCAUCUACUCUGAGCUCAAGUACCUGGUGUACUGAACCGUGGGUGCACAGGGACCAAGACCAAACGUCAACAUCGAGCAAGACAUUAUUUUUGUCACGCCUUCAGCAUCAGCAAACAGUGAAUUUUGCACCUGAUGACUUUGCCUUAACAACUACAGUACUUAUAUUCAUGUGGAGAAUCCCACUGUUUGCUGUACAUCCAUUUUCAAGUCAUGAACCAGCCAAUGGACAAAAAACUUACCCCGCCCCCCCCCCCCCCCCCCUAAAAUUAAAC